UGCUAUUGUAUCUUCACAGAACCCUAUAAGAGAGCUUCCAUAUGAAGCGAAUAUCACGCAUUUCAAUCUCGAUAUUACAACCGGUCGCGCCCUCCAUAACAAUCUAAAAGAUCGACGGGAUGCAGGCCGUUUCGUUGAACAGCAGGGGAAACCCGUUUCUCCUCGGAAUCGCAGGCUACGGGAGGACUAUGGCCGCUUCGGAAGAGAACAACCUCUUAUCGGCUAUUGAGACUCAAUUGAAUUUACAGACGAGAUGCACUACGAUCCUUCGGAGCAGCCGAAACAGUGAAUUAUACGCCAAAAAGGUACACGUUAUAAUUCGGAGAAUCUUCAAAAGCGGCCGCAGAAAACGGGCGUUGCACUUCAUAUUGCUGCGUCUUGCAAUUGGUACUCAAAGAGCAGUCUUAUCUUCUAUCACGACAAGUCUGAGGAUCUUCCAAAACCACGAAGGCCUAGAAAGCCUAGGCAAAAACAGACUGAGACAGACGAACAGUUCCCUUCUAGAUUGCAAGAGUGGAAGGCAAGAAUACCUCACGAGAUUCAGGUCAAACGGAAGGGGAAUUCUAUGACCCAGGAGCAUUAUGCUAAGCAUAUUCUCCCAGCCUAUAUCGCGCGUAUUGAGGCUGCUCGUUUAUACCACCGCGGAUCGUUCGGUGCUGACGUCUGUGGACCAUUUAUGAUGUUACAAGAGGAUAACGAUCCAUCGCACGGUACACAGUCAUUUAACGUCGCGUCGGCAUUAAAACAUGCCCAUUGGAUUACAUGCAUAAAGCAUCCACCACAAUCCCCAGACCUAAACCCGAUUGAAGCACUUUGGGGGAUCCUAAAGCAGAGUGGACGCAAACGGGUAUGGCGAUCGAUU